GCUGGCGCGCAGCGAGCGUGCUGAAGAGGCGGCGCGGGGAGUUUGGACUCUCGUUCCGCCGGCUGGGAGCCUGAGGGAGAGGAUCAUGGCUGCUCUUCCUCAAAAUAAUCUACAGGAGCAACUGGAACGUCAUUCAGCCAGAAAAGUUAAUAAUAAAUUAAGUCUUUCAAAACCAAAAUCUUCAGGUUUCACUUUUAAAAAGAAAAUAUCUUCAGCCAGCGAUGUAUCAGUGACUAGUGUGUCAGUUGCAAAAACACCUGUGUUAAGUGAUAAAGAUGUUAAUGUUACUGAGGUUUUUUCCUUCAGUGAAACUUUAUCCCAAAGCACAGAUCAGAAGACAAGCAUCAGUGACGUUAAAAAUGCUACAGCAGGACAGCAAACCAAGAGAGUUCGUUCAAAACCAUUAUUGCCCGAUUUGGUGCAGGUUCCGCAAGAAGUUUUACCUCCUACCCAGAACACACCAAUUAUAAAGGAAUGCCGUGAUUCUACUUUCAAGAAAUUAGAAUUUAGUUCUUCCUCGGAUUCUUUUAUUACCAUCAACGAUGUGGAUGACAUGGAUGACUUUGAGACUUCUGGAAGUUCAAAAGCAUUUGUGACGCCACUCACCAAUCACUUCGUACGAGUAAGCACUGCUCAGAAAUCGGAAAAGUCGAAGAGAAACUUUUUUAAAGCACAGCUUCGUAAAGCAAACACAGUAAAGGCUGAUUUGACUCCUUCCUCCUCUGAAGGCAAGCAAGCAUGUUUAACUAAGGAACCGAAGGACGACUCUGAGUGGUUAAGUAGCGAUGUGAUUUGCAUUGAUGACGGCCCCGAUUCCAAAGAGCUUAUAAACAAAGAUACUCAGGAUAGUCUCUCUGUAAAAACUCAUUUGGGAGAGGAAAGAGAUAAUAGUGAAAAGGAGAAAAGCUGGGAAGAAACAGAAUUACGUUCAGUUGAGGAAUUUCCAUGUGUUGAGCUUGAUGAAGAUGAUUACGAUAUAGAUUUUGUUCCACCUUCUCCAGAAGAAGGAACGACUUCUGCCUCUUCUUCCUCUUUGAAAUGCUUGAGUAUGUUGAAGGACUUUGACACCUGUGACAGGAAGAAGGAUGAUCUCAGUACAUCAGAGGACUUGUCAAAACCUGAGAAAAUGCUUACUCAGCAGUCUAACCGAGAAACCAGCGCAGACUGCAACGCUGGACAGAUAAGUGUACAGCAGCAGCUUAUUCGUGUGAUGGAGCACAUCUGUAACUUAGUUGAUACUAUUCCUGAUGAUGAACUGAAAGCUUUGGAUUGUGGGAACGACCUGCUUCAGCAGCGGGACAUAAGAAAGAAGCUCCUAGCGGAAGCAGAUUUUAACCUGCGUGGAGCCAGUGUUCUUGGCUCAGUGUGGAGGUGCAGGCCUCAUGCACUUGGUAACCCCACGGAAGAUAUGGCAUCUGUUUCCCUGCCUUAUGCGUUUCCGAAGGGUGAUUCCUGCCCUACAGGGAAUUCUGAUAUGGAGUUAGGUUUUCCACACAGUCUCACAAAUUCCAUGUCUACUGGGAAAUGUUUAGUGACUGCUACCCUAGGAAAGACAGGAUUCACAGCCACCAAGAAGAAUCUCUUUGAAGGACCAUCAUUCAAUUCCCCGAAGUCCUUCGUAAGUAGCAACUGGGCUGAAACACCAGGGAUAAAAGAAAGAAAUGAAAGCUCCUACUUCUCAGGAAAUGUUCUCACAAGCACUGCUGUGAAAGAUCACAGUAAACAUACUGCUGCAGUAGAUGAUAUUGACCAUUUCGACAUAGAUGACAUUGACGAUGAUGAGGAGUGGGAAAGUAUAAUGCAUGAUUUAGAAGCCAGCAAACACUCCACAGCUGCCUGUCAGCCUCCUAAGGAAGGUCGGCCAGUUGAAUCGGUAUCACAAAGAACUUCUACAGUCAAGACAAACCUUCCAAUGGCAUCUACUGUUCAAAGUAAAAACUUCUCAGAGGCAAUUCAGAAUUACACUGACCAGUCGGCGCCAAAUUUAGCAUGCAGAAAUCUGAAACACGAGCGUUUCCGAAGUCUUAGUUUUCCUCAUACAAAAGAAAUGAUGAAGAUUUUUCAUAAAAAAUUUGGCCUGCAUAAUUUUAGAACUAAUCAGCUAGAGGCGAUCAAUGCUGCACUGCUUGGAGAAGACUGUUUUAUCUUAAUGCCCACUGGAGGUGGUAAAAGUUUGUGUUACCAGCUCCCUGCCUGUGUUUCUCCUGGAGUCACUAUUGUCAUUUCUCCAUUGAGAUCACUUAUAGUAGAUCAAGUCCAAAAGCUGACUUCAUUGGAUAUUCCAGCUACCUAUCUGACAGGUGAUAAGACUGACUCUGAAGCUGCAAGUAUUUACCUCCAGUUAUCAAAAAAAGACCCAAUUAUAAAACUUCUGUAUGUUACUCCAGAGAAGGUCUGUGCAAGUAACAGACUGAUUUGUACUCUGGAGAAUCUGUAUGAGAGGAAGCUCUUGGCACGGUUUGUUAUUGAUGAAGCACAUUGUGUCAGUCAGUGGGGACAUGAUUUUCGUCAAGAUUACAAAAGAAUGAAUAUGGUUCGCCAGAAGUUUCCCUCCGUUCCAAUGAUGGCUCUUACUGCCACAGCUAAUCUCAGGGUACAGAAGGACAUCCUCACUCAGCUGAAGAUUCUCAGACCUCAAGUGUUUACCAUGAGCUUUAACAGACAUAAUCUGAAAUAUUACGUGUUACCAAAAAAGCCUAAAAAGGUGGCAUUUGAUUGCUUAGAAUGGAUCAAAAAGCAUCACCCACAUGAUUCAGGGAUAAUUUACUGCCUCUCCAGGCGAGAAUGUGACACAAUGGCUGACACCUUACAGAAGAAUGGUCUCGCUGCUCUUGCUUAUCAUGCUGGCCUCAGUGAUUCUGCCAGAGAUGAAGUACAGCACAAGUGGAUCAAUCAGGAUGGCUGCCAGGUUAUCUGUGCAACAGUUGCCUUUGGAAUGGGGAUUGACAAACCCGAUGUGCGAUUUGUGAUCCACGCAUCUCUCCCUAAAUCCAUCGAGGGUUACUACCAAGAAUCUGGCAGAGCUGGAAGAGAUGGGGAGAUAUCUCACUGCCUGCUUUUCUAUACCUAUUAUGAUGUGACCAGACUGAAGAGACUUAUACUGAUGGAAAAAGAUGGAAACCAUCAUACAAAAGAGACUCAUGUCAAUAAUUUGUAUAGUAUGGUACAUUACUGUGAAAAUAUAACAGAGUGCAGGAGAAUACAGCUUUUGGCUUACUUUGGUGAAAUUGGAUUUAAUUCUGAUUUUUGUAAGAAAUACCCAGAUGUUUCUUGUGAUAACUGCUGUACAACAAAGGAUUAUAAAACACGAGAUGUAACUGAUGAUGUAAAAAAUAUUGUAAGAUUUGUUCAAGAACAAAGUUCAUUACAAGGAACGAGAAAUAUGAAACAUGCAGGUCCUUGUGGGAGAUUUACUAUGAAUAUGCUGGUUGACAUUUUCUUGGGGAGUAAGAGUGCAAAGAUUCAGUCGGGGAUAUUUGGAAAGGGGUCUACGUACUCGCGACACAAUGCUGAAAGACUUUUUAAAAAGCUGAUACUUGACAAGAUCUUGGAUGAAGACUUAUACAUCAAUUCCAACGACCAAGCAGUUGCCUAUGUGAUGCCCGGACGUGAAGCCCAAACUGUACUAAAUGGACGUUUAAAGGUAGACUUUAUGGAAACAGAAAAUUCCAGCAGUAGGAAAAAACAAAAAGCCUUAGUGACGAAGGUAUCUCAGAGAGAAGAGGUAGUUAAGAAAUGUCUUGGAGAACUUACAGCAGUCUGCAAAUCUCUGGGAAAAGUUUUUGGUGUCCAUUACUUUAAUAUCUUUAACACGGCCACGCUCAAGAAGCUUGCGGAGUCUUUAUCUUCUGAUCCUGAGGUUUUGCUUCAAAUUGAUGGUGUUACUGAAGACAAACUGGAAAAAUACGGCGCAGAAGUGAUUCCAAUAUUACAGAAAUACUCGGAGUGGGCGUUGCCAGCUGAGGACAGCUCCCCACAGAUGAGCCCAUCCAGCAGCAGAAGCACUGGGAGAAGUGGCCCUGAGGAGUUUGAUGAGGAAACACCCGUAGUUUCUUACUACUUUGCAAAUAAAACCAAAAAUGAAAGAAAGAGGAAAAGGAUGCCAGGCCCCCAAAGGUCUAAAAGAAGAAAAACUGGUUUCGGUGAUUUCAAGACAAAAGCGAGGUCCACUGCAUGCAGAAAGAUAUCUCCUAAAACUAAGUCCUCUGGCGUGUUUGGACCAAGUUCAACUGUGCAUGGUUCUCGGGCAGCAUCAGGAGGCAGUAGAAAACUGGGGAUCAUGGCCCCACCAAAGCCUGUAAAUAGACCCUUCCUCAAGCCUUCGUAUGCAUUCUCAUAACAACCACAUCUCAAUGUACAGAGAUCUUACUUCUCAGGCGGCAUCUGACCAUCUGUGACUAUAAAGCUGUUAGCUUCAUUAUACCAUUUGUAAUUUUUACCCGUGUCUAUUAAUAUUUAAAUAAAUGCUUGGGGUGACAGUUCUUAUUUUUAAAAUAAACGUUUUCUUUUGAAUAAGCAUGAUUUGCUGCCUCUGCAAGCCUGUGGCUGUUGUUUCUGAGAACGUCUGAAGCAGCAGCUGAAUUAUCUCAGUGAGAGAAAUUCUCAGCACGACAUGAAACACAGAAGCUAAAGCAAAAGACACGCAUGGGACUGUAAAAAAGACACACAUUGUGAAACUAAAACUUUCUGUAGAAGACAAAGAAAAUUAGAAGAAAAACGAACAACAGAGAAAAUAGGGAAAAUACAUGACAAAGGAUUAAUAUUUGUAAUACACAAAGAGUACCUAUAAAUCAUUAAGGAAAAAAGACAGCCCAGUAGAAAAAAGGAUGUGAAUAGGCUCUUCUCAGAAGAAGAAAUAAAAAUGGCCCACAAACAUGUGGAAAGUGCUCAACCUCCAUAAAAUAUAAAUUAAAACAGUGAGUAGCCUUUUUUUUGCCUAGCAAAUUGUCAAUACUGAAUAAUAUGCCAAAAUCUGGGACCGAGAGAAUGGUCAGAUAGUCUGUCGGUGAGACUAUAUUAAAUGAUGGUGUAAUCCUUUAGUAUUAGGGGAUCUUACUUUUCAAAAUCCUCCACUAAUAGGCUAAUGGGCCAUAAAGUCUUAAAAUGGAAUUUUGGCACCUCUUUUCAGAGCUCCAGUACCUCAUUUUGGAGACUUCUUGUUUCUUAGCUCUAAAUAACCUUGGUGGCUUCUUUGGUGUCCCAUUUCUUUCCUUGACCUCGGUCAAGAGGGGAGAGCUGAGGAGGCCCUGCCUGAGCCAGAGGCGUUGAGGACGGAGUUGGCUGGAAGCCUGUGGCCUCUGCCUGCAGACUCAGUACUGAAGUGGACCUUGCACCCACCCUUGCUGCUGCACACCUCCUGCUUGCCACCUGGGGCUCUGGGCUCUGCAUUUGAUGGAGGAGGCUGGCUGGACAAGAGUCUGCUGAGGCUGUGCUCUGUUGCCUCAAGAUGCUUUCCAGAGCCCACAUUUUCCAAGAAACCAUCUUUCCAGCAAGUCCUGACCUGAGUGGCCAGAAGAACCUUCUCAGAGUGAGGAGAGGAAAUGGAGGGCCAAGUAGCCAGUAGUUGAGGCUGCUGUGAUAAUGUCCCCAGCAUGAGGUCACCUUGCAGAGCUGGCGAUGCACAAGAGCAUCUGGGGGUCAUACCCUUCCGCCUGCAGCAGCUCUGGCUUUGAGGCGUGGGAGGCAGCCUCCACACAGCUGACACCGCAGAUGUUAGGUCGCUCUCUGGCUCUGACCUCACUCAUUCAUUCAUUCAUUCCUUUCUUUUCUGAGGCCCUCAUCUGCCCGGAUGCUGGAGAUAACUGUCCCCUCAGGAGUGCCCACUCUGCCUCCAGGGGCUCCCUGGGCAAUGGGGGAGACUGAUGAAGGCAGCACAGUGGGAGCCCCCAGGAGGGAGUGCAGAGGCUAUGAGCAGCCAGCACCACCCACAGGCCUGUGACCUGCGCCCUUCACCACAGCCAUGAGGACAGAGCCCGCUCAUCCCCUCCCAGUUGGGACCUGAGGCCUGGAGACCUUUGGCUAGCCCAGGGUCAGGUGGCAGAGCCACGCCCCACAUCCAGCUGCUCUCAAAAAUUCUGCUUCGAACAGGCUCUGUUCAAUUCCUCAGGCCCCGGAAGCAGACGCAGAACAUGGAAGGGGCCACCUUCUUCAAUUCAGCCUCCAGCUUUUCCAGAACCCCCGGAGAACACCCGCCUACACGGUGCAACCUCAGGAGGAUAGAAGCACACGGACUUGGCUUCUGGCAGCCAGAGACAUGGUGACUGCAAAGCUGCUUGCUCUAGGCUGGGCCUGCUGGGGGCCUUUUGUGGGCACAGAAGUCACCACCACCGAGGAGAAGGGGAGUGGACGAGUCCACCAGGGAGUAUCAGCCUCUGGAGGGCCCUGGAAGGAUUGGAAUCUGACUCUCCAGCUGUCUACACCCUUUCCCACCAAUAGAACUUGCCCAGAGAGCUGAUGGGUCCUUGCUUUUCCCUCUAGGGACAGGGAACCCAGUACCUCAUAGGAAGAGAAGAGACUUGGACAGCCUACUCUGUGGCAAGGGCUGUUCCAGGAACUUCCACAUAAUUUACUUGGAUCCCUCCAACAACGCUGGGAGGCAAGCAUGUGAUGUUAGCCUUUGUAUGCAGAAAGCAGAAUUCAGAGAGGUUAUGUAACUGCCCAAAUCCACACAGCUGGGAAGCUGUAAUAAGUAGGGUAACACGUCUCGGUUUGCCCUGAGGAGUCCCACUUUACAUCUGCUGCCCUGGUAUAACAGUUAAGACAGUGGCCUUUCAUUCUCCAAAGUGCUCCAGUUUGGACAAUAAAAUACAAGGAAUCCAGGUCUGUGCUCUUUCUCGACAAUCCAACCUCGUCUCCUAACCUUUUUCCAUCCAGAGCCCCAGGGACCACCUGCUGCUAUCUGCUCAAAACUUCAGGCCCUGGGGCACGCUCCGGGGACAGAAGCUGUAGAAUUAUCGGCCAGCACAGCUGAGCUGCGGUUUUUCUCCAGAAGAGGAAGCGGGGGCUGUAGUCCAAGCCUCCUUGCUCUUCUUAAGAAAUUGCUGCUUCUCCUCCUCCAGCUUGGAGCUGCUCUGAGCUCCCGAGCCCACCCUAUCCUUGGGAGGCUCCCAGAGGCCCAGCCGAGGCUCUGCAUCUCUGAAUGGCAGCCAUGGGGCUGGCUCAGCAAGCCCUGGGCUCCCACCCUGGCCAAGGCCUCUAGGCAGAGGACAGCGGCCUGUGGGCCAUUUAUGGAGCCGAGGGAAAUCCCUAAAAAGUUCCAACAGCCACUUCUCCCU